UUGAAAAAUAUAAGUGAAGCUUAUUACUCAAAAUACGAGUAAAACUUGUCUCUCAACAUAAAAAGUCUCUCAACAUAAAAAGUGCUCUUUGUAUGUUAGGUAUGAAUAAAACUCAUCUCUUAGUUAUAACACCCCAUAAACACAAGAGAACGAAUUAUAACCCAAGAGGGGUUACAAGAAAGCGAAAGAAAAGCGCAAACAGGUGCAAGGGGGACAACAAGGAAAAAACAACACUCGUAAUACAACAAAUCCAUCCGCGAGGGCAGACAACAGCUAGCAUUCAUCAUUUCCGGAAAGAACUGAAGUAUAAGUUUGCAACGGCCACUUGCGCAUGAGGCUUGGGUUUUGGUUGGGGAAGGCAGCCAUGGCUAUGAUAAGAAUGGCCACGCGGACAAUUGCAUACCGCUGGUUUAUUUGGGUCGCUGGCUGCGUUCGCCGGGUGAGAACUGCAUGCCGGAUUUUCAUCAAGCAGCCUGCCUGCGUGAGAGUACUCUAUCGAGAACUCCAUUUCCAGGUCCGCUAUGAGGCACUCCGCCAUGGAGUCGCCGCCAUGGCACCGGCCGCUGCCGGCGCUUCGGCCAACGUAGAAUGCGCUGCAACAAGUCGUGUAAUGGAGGAGCAGCAGUGUCAUUGCAAUCAACGCGACCCGGGAACCCCUCUUCCUGUACACUUCCAUUUUCACUCUGCGACACUCACACAAGUAGGCCGUGUGCGUUCGUGUGCGGGCUACAUAUAGCGAGAGGAAAGGUGGUCGGUCCGUCGGUGGCCAGGAGCUAGGAAUUAUUAAUUAGCCAAGCUUCGGCGAACUUAACACGUGACAUU